CUCUCUCUCUCUCUGUUUCAGGUUUGGAUUGCCUACAAGGAACCCAGCUUUGUGCAUUCAGCAAUUUGGACAUUUCUCAUAUUCUUGACUGGCUGCACGGCGAUUUGCAGCUACAUCUUCAUUCAGUUCCUCAAGCUGUCACCUGAAGAAUCUGCACAAGACCCUAUCUACCAUGUGCUGUUGCGCCAUGAACACAGGGAAGCAAAGGGCAAGAAGAAGUCUGCUUCAGUGGGCGUUGCAAGAGCUGGCUUCAUAGUUUUGACUUGUUUGAUGGUUGCAACUCUGCUUUACUCUCUUCUCACUGCUGGUUCUCCUUUCCGUAAGGAGGUCUUCCUCGCCCCGUGUACCCUAUCCAGUAUCCAUUAUUUCUCAAUCUAUAUAUAUAUAUAUAUAUAG